AUGGAGCCGGAGGAGAACCUGCUGGAGGGCGCAAAAGAUCUGGUAGAAGAAUACUACCGUGCCCAAGGUGGUCGGCCUGAGAAACCCCAACGGGGCAAGCGCAAGUCCAUGACUGGGCCAAAGCAGACAACAGAGAAAAGUGAACCUAAAAGGCGAAGAAAGUCCCGAGCGGAAGCUGCCACCGAAACUCCAGAUGAAGAUGAUGAUCUGCCUAAUUGGGUUCCCCGGUCCAAGAACUGGGAGAACGAGGUGCAAAGUGUUGACACAAUUCUGCGCGAUGCGGAAACUUCGACGUUAAUUGCAUAUCUCCACUGGAAGAACGGAAAGAAGUCCAAGGUCUCCCUUGAGACCUGUUAUGAGAAAUGCCCCAGAAAGAUGCUCAAAUUUUACGAGGAGCAUUUGGUUUUUAAGGAAGGUUGA